GUAUCUAAAAUUUAAAGUGCACAAAUGAUAUAAAGCACAAUUGCUACUUGUUUAGGUGACACACUGUUUGCAUUUCUCAUCAGAAUGUCACACCAGUCACUUAUGUUGCGACCCACAAGACUCAUCCACCAUCCAAUCAAGGUUGUGUGAUCCUCAAGGUUGUGUGAUCCUAACCCCUUUCUAUGUCCUUAAACCAACAACGGCAUUCUGCUGCAUCCAUCAGCAAAAUUAUCCCAUCUAAAGAAAGGUUGUGUGAUCCUCAAGGUUGCUUCCAGUUAUUCAGACUGUGAACUAGAGGCAUCAAGAGUUUUUUUCAGUUGCUUGUGGUUCAUCGUACCUCCUGUUUUGUGCAUGCUGUACCACAGGUUGGCGAAUCCUGUACUUACCAAAUUGUUCUAAAAUUUACCAGUUACCUCACCUUAUUCCUUUCUAGGACAGGUAUCUAGCAGGUCACUUAAGAAGGCCAUUGGAUUCAAAACUCAUGUACGCUACUGUGACACAUUGAUGGUCCUGAAGUUGUGGACAAUGUCAAAGGUUCCCUUUAGAUCAAGGUAACUUCUAGGUCCCUUUGUCUAGAUUAUACACGUAUACUGUGUGUUUGAGAAAUAUAUUUGAGCCAUAAAUUUGUUAUGCAAAUCUGAAGCAUAAUCGCUUAGUUGUCAUCCUAUCUCUACUCCUCCUUAUGUUUGUAUCGUAGGCGUCCACAUUCGAGGAUGGUGCACGAUUCUAAUGCCUUGUCUGUUCUAAUGCCUUUUCUGUUCUGAUGCCUUGCCUGUUGGGAGUGCUCUGCCUAAUGCCUUGCCUAUUGUCCGUUCUGAUGCCUGUUGUCUGUUCUAAUGCCUGUUCUCUGCGAACUGUCUUUGUCUGUUUCGGUGGAGGCUGCCGGCGUGAAGCACUGGCCACCGGGUGCUGCACAUCAACGGCCAACAGGGGCACCGUGCAUGUGGGCAGAAGCAGCCAGCGACAACAGUAGGGCACAGGGAUGUAUAUGGACCUUCCAAAUACACUAGACUUUUGCAAGCAACCAAAGAUACUCUCAGAGAAGAAGCAUGCUGAUAUUGUCAAUCAAGGAAAACUGGUGUCUGAUGAGAUCAUCAUAAAUCUGCUGUCAAGACGCCUAGAAGAGGGAGAAGAAAAGGGUGAAUUGGGGUUCAUCCUUGAUGGCUUUCCUCGAACCAUGAGACAAGCGGUAGAAAAUGGCUGAUGCCGAGGAUAUCCAGCCCCUCGUCUGCGACAACAGAACUGGCAUGGUCAAGGCUGGGUUCGCUGGCGACGAUGCCCCGAGGGCCGUCUUCCCCAGCAUCGUGGGGCGCCCGCGCCACACUGGUGUCAUGGUCGAGAUGGGGCAGAAGGACGCCUACGUCGGUGACGAGGCGCAGUCCAAGAGGGGUAUCCGGACCCUCAAGUACCCCAUCGAGCAUGGGAUCGUCAGCAACUGGGACGACAUGGAGAAGAUCUGGCAUCACACCUUCUACAACGAGCUCCGCGUGGCUCCCGAGGAGCACCCCAUCCUCCUCACCGAGGCGCCCCUGAACCCCAAGGCUAACAAGGAGAAGAUGACCCAGAUCAUGUUCGAGACCUUCAACACCCCCGCUAUGUACGUCGCCAUCCAGGCCGUGCUCUCUCUGUAUGCCAGUGGUCGUACCACAGGUAUCGUGCUCGACUCGGGAGAUGGUGUGAGCCACACCGCCCCCAUCUACGAGGGAUACGCCCUCCCCCACGCCAUCCUUCGUCUUGACCUGGCCGGUCGUGACCUCAUCGACUGCUCAUCUGCGCUAGACUGUGUUUGUUCAAAAGAUAUUAUUCAAAAUUUAACUGAAAGAUUUUAUUCCUUGCACAAUUAUUGUAUUGCUUUCUUUGUUGAAUAUUAUUUGCUUGGUGAUGGGCUGCUGUUGCUGCUAGCAGGAUUGAGAACCGAUGGGCUGCAAUCUAUUGUUGGUGCCUGGUAUCAAAGAGGGAGACAGGGGUGCACCUGUUCACAAUCUUGAGGUGAGAAUACUGAAACUGUCUAAGAGACUUCUCGAGCCAUUGCUGCCGCCUCAGCCCGCGCUCGACCACCGCUGCCGCUACUUCAAGCAGUUAGCUUAGCUGUGGGGUAAAAUGAUUGUUUCUUACAAACAUUUUGGUACAUCAAGAUGCAUGACUAAAAAGUGGUUUCCAAAAGAGCCUGAGGCAUUUGCUGAGUAGCUCGAACAGAGGUUGUUUCAACACUGUCCCCACCUAGGAAAUUAAGGAGAGCUGUGAAAAAGAUAACUCCAAAGAAGAAGAUCCAAGCCAUGUACAACUGCAAUUUGGUUCCUGAAAUCUGAAAUGUGUGAUCCUGUGCCAUGCAACAGCAGUUGGUUCACUCAAAAUGUGUGGUUCUGUACUUGGAUACCACUGGGUUCACUCCAAAUGUGUGUUCUUCUUUUUAGUCUAAAUGUUUGUAGCAAGCCAGUUUUAUUCUAAAUGUUUGUAGAAGUUAGUCUUGGUUCUGGACUUGGAUAUCAGUUGGUUCUGGUCUUGGACAGCUGAAAUUGUCACCUACUACUAUGACUCAUGUUUAACCGUGGCCUGCAUUUUGGAAAGCAAGUUCUGGUCUUAGCACUGAUACUGGUGUUCUCUGAUCAUGCUUGUUAACAAGUUCUGUUAACUUUGCGAA